AUGGCUGCUCGGCUGCCCGCGCUCCUGCCGCUGCUCCCGCUGCUCCUCCUCAGCCAGGGGCCGGCGGGGACCGUCUGCAACCGGACCGCGGUGCACUGGAACAGCUCCAACGCGCACCUGCACCGGGAGGGCUACACGGUGCAGGUGAACGUCAACGACUACCUGGACAUCUACUGCCCGCACUACAACGACUCGGUGCCCGCGCACAGGAUGGAGCAGUACGUGCUCUACAUGGUGAACGCCGAGGGCUACCGCACCUGCAACACGAGCCAGGGCUUCAAGCGCUGGGAAUGCAACCGGCCCCAUGCGCCCCACAGCCCCAUCAAGUUCUCGGAGAAGUUCCAGCGGUACAGCGCCUUCUCGCUGGGCUACGAGUUCCACGCCGGCCACGAGUACUACUACAUCUCAACCCCGAAGCACAAUCACCGCCGGGCCUGUCUAAAGUUGAAGGUGUUCGUGUGCUGCGCCUCCACCUCGCACUCCGGGGAGAAGUCGGUGCCCACCCUCCCGCAGUUCACCAUGGGGCCCGAGGUGAAGAUUGAGGACUUGGAUAACUUUAACCCCGAGAACCCCAAACUGGAGAAGAGCAUCAGCGGCACCAGCCCCAAGCGGGAACACUUGCCACUGGCCGUGGCCGCCGCGUUUUUCCUAAUGUCGCUCUUGGCCUCCUAG